AUGGAUGCAACUCGUGAAGAUCUGCCUCGUGUUUCCAUCGAGACACUGCAAGACUGGCGGAGAAUAAAGUACAACUAUGAAAGAGCUCUUCUAGAGAUGCUAGACGAGAGAUUGGCUGCGAGUGGCCUGUCUCACGAAAGAGAUUCAUUGAUACCAUACAUCGACGAGUUUGUCUCUUCGACCUUUCAGAUAGCGAAACCGAACGUUCGUAUUAACGGCCAGAAUUCGGAGGAAAUCGACGAUGAGGAAGAAGAAAUGGAACCUUUCGACGAGGCUCUGGACCGGCGUAUAUGGUCCCUGGCAGAUCAACGACUGAAAUGGGACCGCGAGAUAGCGAGCAAAAGACAGACACGCCCGAAGGAAGUUGCGGACAUGAUACAGGACCUAUUAGAUCGGCAAAGAGAAGACGACGAGGAAUUUGCCACGUCUGCUACACCAGAUACAGAAGAGCCCGCUGAAACUGAGACUGACGUCCUGGAUGCCCGAUAUCCAGAUCUACAAACAAGUUUCGGGCAGCUGAUGGCCUUGUCGGAGGAACUGCAGCAGGCUGCUCCAGUGCAAUUGGAACGCUCCAUUAGAGUAAGGGCAGUGGAAGAGGAAGUGAAGUCCUUGAAACGUUGA